CCAUCCACAUUUUCCAGCCUAUGCUGCAGCUGACUUCCGCAAUUCUGAUGGAAUAAAUCCAACGCCCAAAUCAUCUGCUCACAUUAUCCACACUUCCCUGGUGAGAGAAGCCCCGCGAACAGACCCCUGUCAGCAGAACAAGAACCUUCCUGUCCACAGCAGCUGGUUGUGAUUAAGAUAAUUUCCUGUCUGGGGAGACAGCAGGAAGAGAAAGAAGAAAGAAAUGCAUAAACAGUGAUUGUUUUAUGGCUAGACGCUAGCGCACUUGCUUGAGUGCACAAUUCCCAUACUCAAGGAUGAUGUGGGGGCUCAAUAUUCUGCUGCUACUGCCCAUGGUGAGCUUCGCUCUACACCCUGAAGAGAUACUGGACACUGAGUGGGAGCUGUGGAAGAAGACCCAUGAAAAGCAGUACACCAGCAAGGUGAAUGAAAUCUCUCGGCGUUUAAUUUGGGAAAAAAACCUGAAGCAUAUUUCCAAUCACAAUCUUGAGGCUUCUCUUGGUAUUCAUACGUAUGAAUUGGCCAUGAACCACUUGGGUGAUAUGACAAGUGAAGAGGUGGUUCAGAAGAUGACUGGACUCAAAGUACCGCACUCUCGUCAACACAGUAAUGACACUCUGUAUAUCCCAGACUGGGAAGGCAGAACUCCAGAGUCUGUUGAUUAUCGAAAAAAGGGAUAUGUUACUCCUGUGAAAAACCAGGGUCAGUGUGGUUCCUGUUGGGCUUUUAGCUCUGUGGGUGCCCUGGAGGGCCAGCUCAAGAAGAAAACUGGCAAACUCUUAAAUCUGAGUCCCCAAAACCUGGUAGAUUGUGUGUCUGAGAAUGAUGGCUGCGGAGGGGGCUACAUGACCAAUGCCUUCCAGUAUGUGCAGAAGAACCGGGGUAUCGACUCUGAAGAUGCCUACCCAUAUGUGGGACAGGAUGAAAAUUGUAUGUACACCCCAACAGGCAAGGCAGCUAAGUGCAGAGGGUACAGAGAAAUCCCAGAAGGAAAUGAGAAAGCCCUGAAGAGGGCAGUGGCCCGAGUGGGACCCAUCUCUGUGGCCAUUGAUGCAAGCCUGACCUCCUUCCAGUUUUAUAGCAAAGGUGUGUAUUAUGAUGAAAAUUGCAGUAGUGAUGUGAACCAUGCGGUUUUGGUGGUGGGAUAUGGUGUCCAGAAGGGACAUAAGCAUUGGAUCAUUAAAAACAGCUGGGGAGAAAACUGGGGAAACAAAGGGUAUAUCCUUAUGGCUCGGAAUAAGAACAACACUUGUGGCAUCGCCAGCCUGGCCAGCUUCCCUAAGAUGUGACUUCAGCCAGCAAACCCAUCCUGCUCUUCAGUUCUUCCCACAGUGGUGCAACAUAAUGAAGCACUUUGGAAGGGAGUUGCUGUAUUUUUCAUGAAGCAGAUAAUGUGAUACAGAGAAUAUUUGUUCAGUUUGCCCUGUUCUGUUAGAACUUUAAUUGAUCAUAUUCCUAGUUUCUUCUCUCUGACCAAGGUCUUUAUUGUUCACUGUAGUCUCAGUAGGAAUUUCCCUACAGGUGUGCUUUCUUAGGGUCUGCCCUGGCUGUGUAGUCCUGGGGCUGAUGCUGUGGAAGUAGUAGCUAGUUAUCUUCAGAGUAGGCUAGAUUCUCAUUCACAGCUUUAACUGCUCUAGAAUAUUAAGAUUUCUCAACUUCCAAGUUUACAUCUGUAUGUCCUCAAGGAAGAAAUUCCAGUUUUCCACACUGAUACAUAUAUAAAUCUAUUCAUACAUCUUUGGUGAAAAGUUAUAGGAUGCAAGAACUGUGUUUUCUUUUCCCUCAAUUGUUUUUUUAAAAUAUAUUAAGUAUUUUUCUCUCAUCUUUAACUUAAUAAACAACUAUUUAGUAAAUAUUUGUUUUGUGUCAGGUACUGUGCUAUGUGUUGGAGACAAAAAAUAAUAAGUCCUAUUCCUUAUUUUUGAUGUGCUCAUAGUUUUGAACAGAUUAUUACAUAAAUAGCUCAUCCUAAUUUAUUUAUUCAAGAGCUGGUGAAAUGGUUCACAUGGAUAGUGCUCUGUUCUGCCAUGUGUGCAAACCAGGUUGAAGCCCAGCCCCCACCACAAUGAAGCUUUGAUGCUGUAGUCUCUCUUUAGUCUCUUUCUCUCUCUCCUCUUUACCUUCUCUUUGUGUGUAAGUGUUCUUUUCAAUUGCUAUUUGUUUUUUAAGUCGUGAUUAAUAGUAGAUUACAAACUUGUAAAAUUAUAGUAUAUAGUUCCACACCAUACCACACCUACUGCCACUAGCCUACACCUCCCAAAGAUAUCACCAUGGUUCUGUGUUAUAGAACUGUUUGCUCCUGUUUGUUUCUUUUUUUUUUUUUUUUUUUUUGCAAGCUCAUGUGUAGCAACGCUUUAGAUUCCACAUGAGUGAAACCAUCCAGCAGUUCUUUCUUAACUAUUUACGAGACCGAUGCCUUACCACUUGGCAUCCUCACCCUUUCUUAGCUAUUUUUACUAGGCAUAACCACCUCCAGUUCCUCCAUGUUGUCCCAAAGGACACAAUAUCAUCUUUUUUUAUUUCAAAGUAGUAUUUCUUGGAGUAUAUAGCCCAUAACUUCUUUAUCUAAUCAUCUGGUGAUGGGCAUUUAGGCUGCUUCUACUCUUUGGCUAUUAUGAAUAAUGCAGUUAUGAACAUAGGGGUGCAUAUGUCCUCUUGAGUUAGUGUUUGUGCAUCCCUUGGAUAAAUUCCUGAAAGUACUAUUGCUAGAUCAUAAGGUAAUUCCAUUUUUAUUUGUUCAAGGACUUUCCCUGAAGUCUUCCAAAGGGGCUCUGCCGUUUUGCAUUCCCACCAGCAAUGUAGCAAGAGUCCUUUUUUCUCCACAACUUUGCCAACUCCUGUCAUAUCCUGGUUUGUUGCUAUAGGCCAUUCCCACAGGUGUGAGAUGGAAUCUCAGUGUAUUUUUAAUUUGCAUUUCUCUAAUGAAUAAGUGAGGCAUUCUGUCAUAUAUCUGUAGGUCUAUCUUUUAAAAAAUCCAUUUUAAUUUAUUCAUUCCUCCAACAUUUACUACAUGUUUACUUAGAAGAGUUGUACUAAGUAUCAGAAGCUAAAUGAAUAUAAGGAGACUUCAGGGGGGCUGGUGGGGGUGCACCCGGUUGAGUGCACAGAUUGCCAUGUGCAAGGACCAUGGCUUAAACCCUGGGUUCUCGCCUGCAAAGAGGAAGCUUCAUGAGGAGUUAAGCAGUGUUACAGGAGUAACAUUAGUAGAAGCCACAUCUAAGAGAGCUUGGAGAAAUAAGGGCUACAUCUAGGCAGGGUUAGAAUUAUUGAAGACCCCUGGGGAGAGAUAACAGGGUGUGGGAAAAUGUAUUGUGUAAAUGGAGAAUUUACUAGCUAGGGGGAAACAUGACAAUUUCCUAGGGCAAUACAUAGGUAUAUAGAUCAGUCUCUCCCUUUUCUCUUUCGCCCGCUAUCUCCAUCUAGUCUUUCUUUCCUUAGCAAUCUUAUCCAUUCUCACAGCCUCAUCCAUUUCUCCUGUGUUGUGUUCUUCCAAAUCAAGAUCACCAGGUUCUGUCUCUUGCAUGUUUCUAAUACUCUAGACACUCACACUUCCAAAAUUAAUUUUCUGGGAGAGAUAGCAUAAUGGUUAUGCAAAGAGAUCCACAUGCCUAGGGCUCCAAAUGUAUUUAUCCUACAUUGAAUCAAACUGAAUUGAUUCAUACUGCUCUCCCACUAAGAAAUCAGUGGCUUCUCCAUGUGAUGGGCCACAAAAUCUGGCUCUUUAGCCCAGCAAUAAAGAUAAUGCAGACUGAUCUCAGUAUACCACUGCGCCCUGUCUGGCACUCUAUUUCUUAGUCAUGUGAUCCAAAAAAACAUGUCUGGUGCUUCCCAGCCUCUGUUAAUCAUUUCAUGCUCCUUUACUAGCAUCAAAUACUACUCAGCUGUCAGCCUCAGCUCAAGUGCCAUCUCUUACACUAAACCUUCUUUGGUCCCCCGACAGAAACAGUCUCCUGCUUUUGAGACCUAUGGCAUUAUGCUUUCACUCCAAUUUUAUUUCCACUUUAAACUCUUUAAACAUGAGAAACUGUCACACUCAUUUCUGCAUACCAUGAAUGCCUAGCACAGAAUUCAGUAAAGGUUUCUAUUAAUAAAUGAAGCGAAAGAUCUAAGUAUUUUUCUUGAUUUGUUCCACAGCUGGGGAGAAAACUGGGGAAACAAAGGGUAUAUCCUUAUGGCUCGGAAUAAGAACAACACUUGUGGCAUCGCCAGCCUGGCCAGCUUCCCUAAGAUGUGACUUCAGCCAGCAAACCCAUCCUGCUCUUCAGUUCUUCCCACAGUGGUGCAACAUAAUGAAGCACUUUGGAAGGGAGUUGCUGUAUUUUUCAUGAAGCAGAUAAUGUGAUACAGAGAAUAUUUGUUCAGUUUGCCCUGUUCUGUUAGAACUUUAAUUGAUCAUAUUCCUAGUUUCUUCUCUCUGACCAAGGUCUUUAUUGUUCACUGUAGUCUCAGUAGGAAUUUCCCUACAGGUGUGCUUUCUUAGGGUCUGCCCUGGCUGUGUAGUCCUGGGGCUGAUGCUGUGGAAGUAGUAGCUAGUUAUCUUCAGAGUAGGCUAGAUUCUCAUUCACAGCUUUAACUGCUCUAGAAUAUUAAGAUUUCUCAACUUCCAAGUUUACAUCUGUAUGUCCUCAAGGAAGAAAUUCCAGUUUUCCACACUGAUACAUAUAUAAAUCUAUUCAUACAUCUUUGGUGAAAAGUUAUAGGAUGCAAGAACUGUGUUUUCUUUUCCCUCAAUUGUUUUUUUAAAAUAUAUUAAGUAUUUUUCUCUCAUCUUUAACUUAAUAAACAACUAUUUAGUAAAUA